AUGUCGCAGCACCGACGCCAUGCACUCGAGAAGCAGAUCGCGCACCUUGCCGCGCGAGGAGCUCUUUUGCCCCGAGACGCACGGACUCUAUGCAGCCAAUUGCACAACAGCACGAGCGGAGCUUGGGACGCGGUGGACCUGCGGCUGAAGCAGCUCGCACGUAACUGGAAUCCGUACCACGAUGAAGAGCAGGUGACAGCUGGCGACAAGAAGGAAGAGAAGCAGAAGAAGUUCAAGACGGGGAUCAAGACGGAGAAGAUGGAGCUGGAUUUGUACCAGGUGCUGGCUCUGGACAGCUCGGUUCAUGUGACUGGGGACGAUGUCAAGCGGCAGUUUCGGAAGCUGGCUCUGUUGGUGCAUCCGGACAAGUCGAGACGGACGGGUCAGGUGAAAAGGGAUUGGGAAGGACCAGCAGAUGAGCAAGUUGUAGACGGUUUACGAGACGUGACCGAGUUUGCACGGCUGAGGGUGGCCUACGAGACGCUGAUAGACCCUGUGAGACGUGCAGCCUAUGAUGCGAAACGGCUGGAAGGCUCGCGGUUGCAGCGGCAUGAGCUGGUUGGUGAAGUUGUGAAGGAUCAGGUGAAGCUGGAGGCGUCGACGGACUUUGCGUCGCUGGAGUGGAUGGCACGUGUGAAGCACAAGAUGGACGUGAUGGCGCGACUUGCCGAGUGGGCCAAGUUGCUGUCGCUUGAUGCGACGGAGUUGCGCUUUGAGACCGGUGAGCCUUGCACUGGCAACGGAUGCGGCAAAAUAGUGAGCAUGGACCGAGACUUGGAGUGUUCCGGAUCGUCACGUCGUCGUGUGUAUAUUUGCCUGUUCCAUAAGUACAUCCACGCUUGUGAUGAACGAUGCACAAGCGCAGCCGGCGACGCUGAGCUGGACUGGCGCGUGUGUCCCAUGCGAGCGUAUUGGCUUGUCCAGAAUUGGUUGUUUGAUCAGUUGCAGAAUUCAAUGUCACAGCAACAGCAGACAAAGGGACUGCACCUCGACGUGGCAGCUAAGGGUAAUCAAAGUGGACAGCCUGUGCGUGGAGAAGUGAAGCGAGACGUAGGUCGGGAGCCGUUUGCAGCGUUGAACGAGGAAAAAGAUGCGCCAGUGUGUGAGUUGCAAUCGUCGGAGAUUUUUCUGGGCGACCAGUACACCCGCUUUCAUCUUGACAAGCUCGAAGAGUGUGAAAGUCGUGAUUGUCGAGGAAGGUUUCAGUUUCUUGAAGAGGGCAUUUAUGCUUGUCGCCGUCACGGUACACCUCAUAUCUGCACUUUUGAGCAGUGCGAUCGACAAGAGCUACACGAGGGCAGCUACAUUUGCUGGGUGAGUGGCAAAGUCUAUGGUCACGAACGCGAGCAGGUGGGUACGGAUGUGCGUACGCGUCGCGUCGUGUAUUCAGAUGCACAGGGUGACGAGAGCUUUGUGGAAAUGGAAGUACCGGUGAUGCUGCCGUUGGGUAAGCCUACAGGGGUUUUAUUGGAAGGAGAUCCGUCUUUCCAGCGCUCCGAUAACGUGUCGUCACUGUCUCCGCCGCCACCAGACGAGAAAGCUUGGAAUAAGCAGUCGCUGGCAAGCUCGAAUGGCUGGGCUGAUUGCGCUUGGUCGAAGAAGCGUGAUGUGCAAAAGAGUUCUGAUGGCCAUCGAGAACGAGAAACGUCGCUGGUGCGCGAGCGCUUGCAUGAACGGUUGACGUCGAAAAUGGAGAAAACAGCGACAAGGUCCUUUCACAUCUUUUUGAAGCUGCCCCCACCUGUUGCGAUUCUGCCCAAGGUGGCGUUGGAGCUUGAAGAAGCCACAGGUAGCUCAAACGAGGAUGAUUUGUCGACCAAAGGCAGUAGCAGCAGCAGGGUAAACCUGCUGCAGAUCUUCGUGCACUCACACCACACUGUCAGUUACAUUAAGUACUGGAUGGAAGAGCUUACGGAGCAGCAAUUGUCGAUAUGGGAUCAGCAGAUAUACUGGGACGAUACUCUGAUCGGUGAGGAGGCCAACUUGAUGGUUCUGGAAGAGCAUGGAAUAUCUUCUGGCUGUGUGCUUGAGCUGCGUCUGCACGAGGAUUGUCCCCUGUUGGUAUCUGCCUGGACUGACAAAAAUGCAGCGACUGGAGGUGCGAGCGGUGUUCCUGUCGAGUACAACACAUUACAGAUCUCGAAAGAGGCACAAGAAGACAUGGGCGAGCAGCAGGAAGAGUGGGAAAACGUCGUGAUGGCUGAGGAGGAGGCUUUUGAGGAGUCUCGACUUCGCCUGAAACGCAGAAAGUUGGAUCGUCUUGGUGCUUUGGAACAUACCGAAGUGAUUCAGUACGACAACGCGAAGUCUGUCCCUCGACUGGUUGGCGUCAUUCAGAGGCACGCGAUUGAUGACAGCGACAACAGCAAACAUAUACGGCAGCUAUUUGCACCUGAUGCGAACACGAAAGCGCAAUCUGAGAAGGAUGGAGCUUUGGUGUCUGUCAAAAGCGAGGAUCUGGUGAAAGAUGAGCAAGCGCAAAUUCCGCGAGAUGCUGAGGCCAUGCAAGCAUUGUCGGACGUUGCCAGACCAGUAAAGCGAGUCAAGCAGGUGCAGGUAAAGCAAGAGUAA